AUGGCUGACGAACAACCUACCGUCGAGACCUUCCCUCCGCCUCCUGGCUUCUACGAGUAUUUUACAGACGCAAAUCUGGAGCGUCUGGAGGCUCUGAAGUCUUCACUAGCCGAUCGCGAGAAUACGCAACAAGAUGCCGGCGCAUCAACGCAGCAGAGCGCUUCUGAUAUCGAAAACCUCCCGGACGAGCUGCGCUUUCUUCAACCUCCUGAGCCGCCGGCGGAUGGGAAAUACACAUGCUUCGGAGCACCUUUCGACCUGCACGAGCAAUUGCAAUCACUCUCCGCGCAAGGCAUCGAUCAACUCUAUCCCACGAAACCAGCACCCACCAACGCCGCGACGGGCACCGAAUCGGAAUGGACUCUCGACCGCGCGACCUACCUCCGCAAAAUUGCCCGCUCCAUAAUGCUGAACUACCUCGAGCUCGUCGGCGUCCUCUCCGUCGACCCCACCGACUUCCCCGACAAGAUCCAAGACAUCACGACCCUCUUCCUUAACGGGCACCACCUCAUCAACGAAUACCGCCCCCACCAGGCGCGCGCGACGCUUAUCCACAUGAUGGAGGAGCAGCUGGAGCAGAAGCGCGCGGAGAUUCGGAACGUGCGGGUGAUGAAGGAGAAGGUUCGGGCGCUGGCAGGGACGAUUGCGAAGGAGACGGAGAAUGAGGUACAGGGGUUUGAGUUGAAGGGUGGACGAUCUAUGUCGGAGGAGAUUGCCGAUGCGAGGAAUGAAGAGCAACGAUCGAUGUGGGAGGCGCUGGAUGAGCACUCUUCGGGAUGGUCCUAA